UCGCAGAAGAAUUUCAUCUAUGGAUAUUGUUUCUCCUCUGGUUGGCAUGGCUCACAGCUUGUGCAUUUCUGUUGCUGCAAGGUUGAGCUAUGUUGUUAAUGUGGAUCAAAGGAUUGACUCCCUCUCAACAGCACUAAAUGAAUUGAAGGACAAAAGGGAUGACUUGAAGAGACAGGUUGAGCGAGCUGAGGUGGAGGGAUUAACCUGCACAAGCCAAGUCAAAGGGUGGCUACAAAGAGUUGAAGUUAUCGAAGCUGAAUCAAGCUCCAUCAUUGAAGAUCUUGGACAGAGAAGACGAUGCCGUGUCGGCUGCAAUGCUUGCUUUUCAACAUACAAGCUCAGCAAGAAAGCUUCGAAGCUGCUAAACAGAGCUAAUGAACUGAUUGGAAAAGGAGCUUUUAAUGUCGUCGCCGAUGACCCAAUUCCUGAUGCGGUUGAGGAGAUGCCGAGUAGGCCAGCUGUCGGACUCAAUAUGAUGUUAGAAAGAGCUCGACAAUUUCUGGCAGAGGAUGGAGUUGGAACAGUUGGAAUUUAUGGAAUGGGGGGAGUCGGGAAGACAACUCUGUUGAAGACUAUUAACAACGAAUUUCUCACCAAACGCCACCAUUUUGAUGUAGUAAUAUGGGUUGUGGUCUCAAAAGAAUUUGUUGCCGAUAAAAUCCAAAGGGCUGUUGGGGCCAGGUUAGGUUUGCCGUGGGAAGAAUCGGAAAGCCACGAGCAACGAGCACUGAAAAUACAUAAACUAAUGAGAAGGAAAAAGUUCCUCCUUUUGUUAGAUGAUGUCUGGGAGGGAAUUGAUCUUCUGAAUGUGGGAAUCCCUGUUCCAGAGAAAACGAACAAAUGCAAAGUGAUAUUCACAACACGUUCAUUGGAUGUGUGUACUGGCAUGAAUGCUCAUCAGAAGCUGAGAGUUGAAUUCUUGGGUGAAGAAGACUCGUGGAAACUCUUCUGCGAGAAUGUUGGGGAAAAGGAGAUCUUUGAUUCAGAAACUAUUCGGGCGUAUGCUGAGACCAUUGUGAGAAAAUGCGGAGGCUUGCCGCUUGCCUUGAUAACAAUUGGAAAAGCCAUGGCCAAUAAAGAGACUGAAGAGGAAUGGAAGUAUGCAAUUGAGGUAUUGAACAGAUCUCCUUCUGAACUUCGAGGCAUGGAAGAUGUGUUUUCUCUUCUAAUGUUCAGCUAUGACAAUCUGGAGACUGAUGCGCUGAGGUCAUGCUUCUUAUACUGUUCUCUGUUCCCUGAAGGCUACUCUAUCGAGAAAGAGCUGCCUAUAAAGUACUGGAUUGGGGAAGGAUUUCUAGGCAGUUUCCAUGCUAGUUAUGUGUAUAAUCAGGGACAUGCUCUAAUUGGUUCUCUUAAAGUUGCAUGCCUGCUUGAAACCGGCGAAGAGAAAACUCAAGUGAAGAUGCAUGAUGUAGUCAGGAGUUUUGCCUUGUGGAUAGCUUCAAAAUGUGGAUCGAACAAUCAGUUUCUGGUGAAGGCCAGUACGGGGCUGACUGAAGCACCCAGAGCUGAUCAUUGGAAACAUUCACUGCGAAUUUCGCUGUUUGAUAAUGGAAUAACGACACUAGCAGAGAUUCCUGAGUGCCCCAGAUUGUCAACCUUGUUGCUCCAAUGGAACAGUGGUUUGAACAGGAUUCCAAAUACCUUUUUCCACUUUAUGCCUGCUUUAAGAGUCCUGGAUUUGUCGUUUACCAGUCUUAGAGAGAUUCCAGUAUCCAUCAAUGAGUUAGUUGAGUUGCGGCAUCUUGAUUUGUCAGGGACAAAGAUAACUUCAUUGCCUAGAGAGCUUGGAGAUUUGGCCAAGCUGCAGCAUUUGGAUCUGCAGCGAACACAUUCUCUUAGAAUAAUUCCACAAGAAGCUAUAUCAGGACUUCUGCAAUUACGAAUUUUGAAUGUUUAUUACAGCUAUGGAGUUUGGGAACAGCAGGAUAAUGAAGUUGGAUUUGAAGACUUGCAAUCCUUGAAGCAUCUUACCACACUUGGUAUCACCAUUAAUGAAUUGAAUACCCUGAAGAGGCUCUAUAGUUUCAGCGGCUUACUAAAAGUAAUACAGUAUCUUUACAUUAAACAAUGUGAUGGCUUAUUUUACUUGCAACUGUCAUUGAAUUCCAGUUUCGGCGAAAGGUUGAGAAGGCUUAGCAUCAAUAACUGUUAUGACCUGCAGUACUUGCAAGUUGAUAAAGAGGCUGGUAAAAAAUGGUUGCCCAGCCUGGAGGUUGUGGCGUUACAUGGCCUUCCCAACUUGGAAACAGUGUGGAAGAAUCCGGUGACUCGGGAAUGUCUGCAGAAUCUUCAAUCUAUAAAUAUCUGGCACUGCCGCAAGUUGAGGAAUGUUUCCUGGGUUUUACAACUUCCAAAGCUAGAGGUGAUUUACUUAAUGUACUGCGAAGAAAUGGAGGAAGUUGUCAGCAGGAGUGGGAUACCAAGAGAAGAUUCAAAGGCAUUUCGAAUCCUUCGAACUCUGUCUUUCCGCGACCUGCCAAAACUAAGGAGUAUUACUCCAUGGGAACUCGCUUUUCCUUCCUUGGAGAGCAUUGCAGUAAUUGAUUGCCCUAACCUGAAACAGCUAUCGAUCAAAACUCACAACACCUCAACUCUACCAACUGUAUAUGGAAACAAGGAAUGGUGGGAUGAGCUUGAAUGGAAUGAAGCCAGCAGCGAAACUGCUUUCGUUCCACACUUCAUGCCAAUUUGAUCCUUCCGGUUGUGGUAUCAUGUCCAAUUUAUGU